CGGACGGCAGCGCGCGCCGCGAGGCGACGGCAAGCAAGCAGCCAGUGCGUUCUCAAAAUGGCAGACGGUUUGUGUAGUGGAGAUACAGUAAGUAAUGUAAACGAAAAAACUAUAGUGAAGGACUAUGACAGCGUAAUUGAAUGUAUGAAUACCGGUCGCGUGAAUGAAGUUAAAUGUGAAAAAGUGAAAUCUUUCUAUAUAUCGAGUGACAGUGAUAAGUUAUUUGAUAAUUUGUGUGCUGUGAAGGGCUCCAAAGAUGACAAGCAUGAGGGAUUUUUGGAUACGGAGAUGCCUUCUUCCGGCGAGGACGACUGUCGGAAGAAGAGAUGUGCGGAUCGCUACGACAGCUCCGAAUCUUCAGACAGGUUAGUGGAGUCGCCAUUUUGGUCGAGCGAUGAGUAAAUUUUCAUUCCGCUAAUUGUGUGCAGCGUCAUCGUAAAAGAAAUAAUGUGG